GCCUGUCCUUACUGCUACUGGAGCUCACACACUAAAAACAAUUUUUAUUUUUUUUUGUGUGUGUGUUUAAAAACAAACCUUUUUUUAUUUUUGAAAAAUGUCAGAUAGAGAAAAUGUUAUUCUUGAUACCUCCAUGGGCUCCGUCCAUGUCGAACUCUACUGGGAUCACGCACCAAAAACCUGCAAAAACUUUUUAGAACUUGCAAAGCGUGGCUAUUACAACGGUGUUGAUUUCCAUCGUAUCAUUGCCGACUUUAUGAUUCAAGGUGGUGAUCCCACUGGUACUGGCCGUGGUGGCGCUUCUAUCUACGGUGAGAAAUUUGCGGAUGAAAUUCACCCUGAACUCAAGCAUACUGGUGCUGGUAUCCUCAGUAUGGCUAAUUCCGGACCCAAUACAAACGGUUCUCAGUUUUUCAUCACAUUAGCACCUACGCCUUGGUUGGAUGGUAAACAUACGAUUUUUGGUAGAGUGAGUGAUGGUAUGAAUGUAGUCAAGAGAAUGGGUUUAGUUAGAACGGAUAAAACAGAUCGUCCCCAAGAUACCGUCCGUAUUGAUCGUUGUCGUAUUGAAUAGAUGUUUAAAAAAUAAAAAAAUGGGUGGUAUCACAAGAAUUUUUUUUUUCAAAGGAGAAAGGGCUUUUUUAUUAUUAUUAUCACACAUUAAAAACAAAGGAAACAGUGUAGAGAAUACAGUUUCUUUAGCGGGUACAACAUAGGAUGUUAGACUAUCGCCUCGUAUCGAGCAUUAUGUUCACUACGACCACUUAAAAGGCUACGAAGAAGAAAAGAA